AUGGCACCGCCGAACUUCGAGUCCACCGAACUCCGAAGCACCGCCGACCUUCGAGUCUCCGCCGAACUUCGAGUGAACACCAAGCUCCGCCCAACAUCCACCGCUGAGAACCAGCUCCUCCGCCCAGCGUUGGUUGCCGGUGAGGAAGUACACCAUGUGAAACCAAUACUAGAAGCUUACUAUGAGCUCAAAUCAGUGAGUGGUAUUGCACAACUCCAAGAAAAGGCUUUAAUAAGAAUUGACAAACAUGGUUGGGAGGGUUGUAGGAUUUGGAUGCAUGACUUGAUAGAAGAAAUGGGUAAAGACAUAGUAUAUCAAGAGUCACCUGAUGAACCCGGGGAACGCAACAGAGUGUGGAGUGAAGAAGAUGCCGACCACGUUCUAGCAAAUAACACAGGAACAAAUAAAGUUAUAGGCAUUCAGAUAUAUUUCUAUGAGGGGAAUGAUGAAAUAUAUGAAUCCUUUUCUGGAGAUAUUGAUUAUCUCUCCAACCAGUUGAGGUGGCUUGAUUGGCCAGAAUGUUCGUUGCAAUGUUUUCCAUCCGAUUUUCAUGCAAAGAAACUUGUAAAUCUUGAUAUUUCUGAGAGUCGCGGAAUCACACGACUAUGGGAGGGACCUAAGUUAAGGGGUUGUGAAUCUCUAACAGAACUCCCAGACUUAAGUGGAAUCCCCAACUUGAAAGAGUUGGAUCUAUAUGGGUGUACCAGUUUAGUUUCGAUUCCUGAUUCAAUUCGAUUCCUUCAUAACCUUGUUAACUUGUAUGUUCACGAUUGCUCUAACCUUAUUAUGUUUCCAAGAAAAAUUAACUUGAGAUCUGUAGAAACUAUUUCUGUUUGCUAUUGCAAGCUUGAGGAAUUUUCAGAAGUUAGGGAAGAGAUGUAUUUCUUGAGAAAAUUGGAUCUAAUAGGCACUUGCAUUAAAGAAUUGCAUCUGUCCAUUACAAAACGUAUUUGGCUGGAACAGUUGGGCCUAGAGGACAGUCAAAAUCUUACGACCCUGCCGUAUAAUAUUUAUGAGUUGCACUAUCUAUAG